AUGCGGAACACGUUGCGGGUCAGUUCUAACAGUGCGAUAAAUUGCUGGCACCCUCAGCAGACCAGCACCAUGAGAUCUGAGGGAGCGAUCUGACAGGCGGGAAGGUGCUAGCCCAUUCAGAGCUUUAAAAACAAGUAAAAGAAUUUUAAAAUCUAUCCUCAACAAUACUGGGAGCCAGCGCAAAGAGGCUAACACAGGAGUAAUGUGACCUCUUUUACUGGUUUUGGUUAGAAUUCUUGCUGCUGAGUUUUGGAUGAGUUGCAGCCGAUCAAUAGUUUUUUUUGGCAGUAUAAAGUGCGUUGGAACAAUCUAAGCGUGGGAGUACAAAGGCAUGAGACAGUUUUUUUUAGCAUCCUCUAGAAAGAGGCAGGUUCUGACUCUUGCGUAACGUUGAUGAUUCUCAAAAUUGAGGACAGGAUCAAAGAUCACACCCAGGACUUUCACCUUUGGUUUUAUCUGUUAAGCCAGAUUUAUAAGUCUGUCAGCGAUUUCACCACUUUGAGAGUCUGUGCCAACGAUAAGGACUUCAGUUAUGUCUUCGUUCAAUGUGAGAAAGUUGCCAUUCAUCCACCGCACAAUACUGGAGAAGCAGUUUAGCAGAGGACGUAGGGCAUCCUAAUUGUCCGGUGUGACAGAUAAAUACAUCUGGGUUUAUGGACACGUCUUGGACAUGAUGUAAAAAAAAAAAAAUCUAAAAUAUAAACAUAACUUGACUUUUACCAGUCCUAAAAUGUAUUUUUCAUUAGGCCUAUUACAACUUGACAGCUGUGGGGAAAAUUUGUAAUAUUUUUAAAAUACAUUUAACAUUUCCCAGGAAUUUGAGUCUGGACAGAAGAGAAUCCGUUACUAGGCGAUAUAUUAUGUUGAAGAAACUGUAGCACUGGGGCGGCCAUGUUGGAUCUGACAGGCAGUGCUCUUCUGUGGCUCCGCCGUUCCGACCGUUGAGCCGUAAUGGCGACAGCGUCAUAGUGGCGCAGCACAAUCUGUUAAGACUGUACCGUAGACGCCACCACGGCUUUCCUGUUUAAAAACCCACUGGUGUGCACAAGCUAGUAAGUCUAUGCUGACAAACCGUCAGAUGGUUAUUCUACAAAAAUGGACAGUUGUCAGCUUUUGAACUGGCAUGAUCGGAGGACAGACGAGCAAGUCGGGCACAGCAAACAGAUUCCAACAGUUUCAGCAAGAGGAAGGUGGUCCUUAGCUAUGUUUAACCAGGGUUCCCCCCAUUGUGGAGUGGAAUGUACUUUAUCUGGAAGAACAAGUCUGUCUAGCUGGAUCCAAGUCCAAAUGCUGUGCCGAGACACCUCAUACAAACCUUUUCACUGGAGGGGCAGUAACACAUGGAGGGACUAAUCUGCCUGGAUUCAUAAUGGGUAGAACGUUUCCGCCCAAGUAUUACUACAUGAACCUUAUUUAUAGCAAUGCUGAUAUGUAGUGAAUCAUCUCAUAGCAUGUAGUAAUAACUGGCAAGUAAAAUGCCUCCAUCUGACAUUUCUACCAUAGAGUUUAGAUUUAGAUAAGUCUGGAUUUUAAAGUUAACCAUUAAUGAUUUUACUAGAUUUAAUGUAAUAUCUAUAACUGUCACUUACUAUACAAUGUGAAUUAUUAAGAUAGACCUUAAAAUUUUAGACACAAUGUGAUUCAUAGACUGGUAAAAAUCAAACCAGUGACUCUAUUAUAUAAAGGUUACAUACAGAACGAAGACUGUAAAACCAUCUUAGCCUGGUUCCUUCUCUCAAAUAAUGAGGCUACUGAAACGAGGACGGUGGCAACUAUUGCUGAAGCUCACUGUUGUCCUGGGAUCACUAUGGAUAUUGUCCCUACUCAGUGGCUCGAAGACAGGCUGGGAUCCUGUUUACACUCUCAGGUACAACUGGUUGGACUAUACAGAUGCUGACGGUGGCCCAGAGAAAGUUUGCAACUGUUCAGCAAUCCUGGAGGGAGACAGGGAGGCACUGGACCAGGCCAAAUUACUGACCAUCACCAAAGACUUCCGCAAGAGUGUCCAGAUCCCCGAUAAGUAUUAUAUCAAUGCAACCAAAGACUGCAGGAAAUUCAAGUUAAGCAGGAAAUACUUAACAUUCCCAUUAAGCCAGGAAGAAGAGGACUUCCCCCUGGCUUACUCUAUGGUUGUCCAUCAUAAGGUGCAGAAUUUUGAGCGUCUGCUGCGAGCCAUCUACGCACCCCAAAAUAUUUAUUGUGUCCAUGUUGACAAAAAAUCUGAGGCCUCAGUCAUCUCUGCCAUCAAGGCCAUCACUGCUUGUUUCCCAAAUGUCUUCAUAGCCAGCAAGACUGUGAGUGUGGUCUAUGCUGCCUGGCCACGAGUCCAGGCUGACCUCAACUGUAUGGCUGAUCUCUAUAAUGCCAGCACAAAAUGGAAAUACUUCAUCAACCUUUGUGGCCAGGAUUUUCCUCUGAAAACCAACUUGGAGAUCGUACGGAUGUUAGGUUCAUUGAAGGGCGGCAACAGCUUGGAGUCAGACAAAAUGGUUGAGGGAAAGAAGUGGAGGGUGACACUUUCUCACCAGAUAGUUGAUGGGAAAAUCCAGGCGUCAGGAAAGGCAAAGGACCCACCUCCUUUCAAAGUGCCUAUUCUGUCUGGAAAUGCCUACAUUGUGGUUAGCCGAGGAUACAUCCGCAGUGUGUUGGAGGACAACCGAGUACUGGCACUGAUUGAGUGGGCCAAAGACACCUACAGUCCUGAUGAGUUUCUCUGGGCAACCAUUCAACGAAUGCCUGGUGUUCCUGGCUCAACGUGGCCCAACAGCAAAUAUGACAUGACAGACAUCAAUGCAGUUGCACGGCUGGUGAAGUGGCAGUGGCACGAGGGGUCACAGGAUUCACUGGACGCGGUGUACCCAGAGUGUCAAGGCAACCAUGUCCGGUCAAUAUGUGUGUAUGGUGCCGGAGACCUGCAGUGGAUGCUUAAGCAGCAUCACCUCUUUGCCAAUAAGUUUGAUAUAGACACAGAUCCCAUUGCUGUCCACUGUUUAGAGAAGUAUCUGAGACAAAAGGCUCUGGCUGGGUUACAUUAGGGGUACUGGAGAUUUAUCUGGCAACCAAGAAUUUGAGAAUGUCUGAAUUGCUAUCUUUACAAGCUAUUUUAAUGAGCUGUUGUUACAGCUCAUUAAAAUAAAACAUUUUUAAGGUAUAUUUGAAAUUAUUUGUAUUUGUAGAUUAAUAACUGAGAAACAUAAACACAAUAAGAUAAUUAAAAAUCAGUUGAAUUACUGGCAAUACUUUAUUCAGUCCCACUGCUGCUAAUCUGGCAGUCUAUCAAUAGUUCAAUUAAUCUACUCAAAAGUCCAUAUGAAAAAAGGUAUUUUGAGCAUUUCAUGUGGAAGUGGCAUCAUAUCAGAGUGAAUUACACAGUUUUACUGCCAGUGUUCUGGGUGAGAAUAUAUUACUUCCAAUGUGCAAAACUGCAGAACCUGCCUGAAAACUAGUAAGACAAUGACAUUACACAUAAACCAUACCUACACAGGAAUUCAAAACAGGUUUCAAAACAGCAAUGUUAAUGUUCUGGAAGGACCAGAAUAACUCCUCAAUACAGCCUCCAUACAACUCGACAGAGCUUUAGCAGCUGAGCAAAAAAGAACAGGAAAAACAAGCAGCAUCCAAAAGCGUCCAAAUAUUUGCUGCAAAAGAACUUAAAGCAACUCUUACUGUAUAUGAUAAAUGUGUAUUUACUUUGGUAUUAACAAAUGUUUUUUUCUACUGAUGAUUAAUGACUCCUCUGUGAUUGUAUAUUAGUGUGCAGGGAACUUUUGAUGCAAUGAGUGAUUUGUGAUGAUUUUUUAUGUAAAAAGACAAUUGUUGAAGAGGAGCAUAUAUUUUAUAUUUAUUUACAACAAAUGAAGUCACAAACAAAUGUAUACGGUAACACUUUAUAAUAACGAUCAGUAGUAAGACAUUAGUAGUAAGUUAGGAGCAAGUAGGUAGUUAGUAGUAAGUUAUUUCACAAAUAUGUUGUUAGUCAUCUAAAAAUCAUCCAUUGAUUAUGAAAUAUGCAUGAAUAAAUCUUUAGUAGAUUAUUAA